CUUGUUACUACGAGGGAAGUCGUUCGACAUGUUUUGAGGGUUUUUGAUCCUGAAGGGGUGGAGCAUAGGUCACAGCAUAGACUACGACGACGAAUUUACAGGUGUAAAGGACCAAAUUACUUAUGGCACAUUGACGGCUACGACAAACUAAAACCGUUUGGAUUCUGCAUUCAUGGUGCAAUUGAUGGCUUUAGUCGAAGGAUCCUAUGGCUGGAGGUUGCAUCUUCGAACAACGACCCUCGUAUAGUAGCUCAAUAUUUCUUAGACUAUGCAAGACAGUUAGGAGGUACGGCAAGGAUUGUAGGUGGAGAUAGGGGAUCUGAGAACAGAAACUUAGCAGCUAUUCAGCGUUUCUUUCGGCGGUCCAUAAAUGACGACUUUGCAGGUGAUAAAAGUUUCAUGUAUGGGAAAUCUACAGCAAACCAAAGAAUUGAAGCAUGGUGGGGACGUUUGAGGCAAGGAUGUGCAGAAUGGUGGAUUACAUUUUUUAAGGACUUGAGAGAUUGUGGUUUGUAUCACGAUGAUGAUAUAAUACAUCGCCAAUGCCUGAAGUUCUUUUUCAUGGAUGUCAUACAAAGUGAACUACACAGAGCUGCACUGGAAUGGAAUGUUCACCGAAUUCGGCCGUAUAGCAAUGUGGAAUCUCCGUCAGGAAAGCCAGAUGUAUUAUACUUCGUUCCAGCAUCAGCUGAGAGUCAAGAUUACAUGACUCCUGUUGACAUCGACGAAAUCGAAAUCGCACAGGAUACGUGUGCCGAGCAACCACAAGCGAAAUGA